CAUUAAUAGGAGGAGACUGGAGAAGGGCAUGGAAUCGAUAAUCUAUGGUUUGGGUUGGAGAUCGGAUAGUUUGUAGAUAGAAUGGCUGAAGAUGAGGAUGAUCUGAGCGCGGAUCUGAGUGUUCUGUUACAUGAAAUAUACAUACCGGUAUUUGAUGACCUACAAGAUGUAGCUCCUCCGACACCUCGUCUGCCACUACUUGUACCUAGUGUAAGUACUUCACUUGGUACGUCCAGUCCUAGUCUGGAAACCCCGAGAGAAACCCAAUCCUUUCGACACUAUCAUGACAUUGCUAGAUCUAGCAGUGUUCAUUCAAACACAGAACGUGUAGAAAUACUGCCGGAUGAUGAUUUAGAUUGCGUCAUGAGCAACCUUUUAUCUCAGAGUGCAAUCGUUAGUACCCCAGUUGUUAGUACUUCAGGGGACCCCACUCCAACCCUUCCCUCUAUAAGUUCAUUUCCUUCUCAUUUAUUGCCUCCCUCCUCCUCCUCCUCCCUAGUUGGAGGACCAGACCUUUUGUGGGCCCCUGGUUCCCAAACUGCCUCCUCUCUACCCUCGGCUAAUCCCAGUGUAACAGACUCUCCUUAUCAAGAUCCUUAUUUUACUGGCGGCGUACAGCAGCAACAGCAAAUGCCUCAACUUCCACCUGUCAUGGGUGGUGGACAGCCUUCCUAUGCAAGCAAUGACCCAGAGAAGAGGAAACUCAUCCAACAGCAGCUAGUACUCCUCCUUCAUGCUCAUCGCUGUCAACAGAGGGAGAAAGAGCAGCAGGCACAGGGUGAGUUCAGACCCUGUACUCUGCCACACUGUAGGACAAUGAAGAAUGUUCUUAAUCACAUGACAGAGUGUCAAGCAGGGAGAAACUGUCCAUUUCCUCAUUGUGCUUCUUCAAGACAGAUCAUUUAUCACUGGAAGAACUGCAACCAGCAAGACUGUCUUGUAUGUUCCCCACUAAAAAACACCAUUCGUCCCAAUGUGGGUGGUUCCAUAGGCGGAGUCCCUAAUUCAAUGUUUGGUAGUGAAGUCCCUCCAGUGAGUCUCCCACCACUCCCGGUCCCAACAGCUACCGGUAAUAUGCCUCCUAGUCAAAAUCCUUCUCAACCUCAAACAGCUAAAGGAGGAGGAGUUAAUCCUAAUCCAAUGGGUUCUGCUGUACCUCCUCCCAUUUUUAUGGGGCCUAAACACGAUCUCAUUCCUUUUAAUAGAGCAUGGCGUGCUGAAGUUAAUUUAGAUAUAAGAAAUCACCUUAUUAAAAAACUAGUUGAAGCAAUAUAUCAUCCAGUUCCUAAUCCAAGCAGUACACAUGAUAGCAGAGUUAAGAGUCUAUUCCAGUAUGCAACAAAGGUUGAAAAUAUGAUGUUUGAGAAUGCAAGCAGUAGGGAGGAUUAUUAUCAGAAAUUAGCAGAAAGGAUUUAUUGUAUUAGAAAAGAACUGGACGAGAAGAGAAAAAUGAACAAGCUCAAAUCUGAUGCUCCUACCAAUUUUCCUGAUGAUGGCCCUCAUACAAUGACUGAUGUACCAGACAUUGAAGGCCAACCAAGUCCUUUCACUGAUACUACUAAGAUCUUAAAAGAAGAACUCAUAUCCUCUACCUCUCAGUCACUAUUGGGCGGUGCUACUAAAAUCAUAAAAACUAAAUUGAAGAUUGAUGAUUCUGAACUCUAUACUAAAGGCAGUUUUUCACCAUCAGACGACUCUUCAUCAUCAAAGCAACCACUCCUUACUGUCAAGAAAGAAGAAUUCUCUCCUCUCUCCUCUACCUUUCUUCCUUUUUCCCCUCCAGUGUUUUGUGAUGAGAAGAAGCCAGCUGUUAGUAAGAUUAAAGAAGAUUCCAGUUUAGUAAAGAUAUUUACUCCUGAUGAGAUUGAGAAUGCAUUAAUGCCAGUAUUCAAUGAAGUCAUAAAACAAGAACCUGAGUCAUAUCCUUUUAGGCAACCUGUCAAUCCAAUAGACCUUGGAAUACCUGAUUAUUUUGAUGUUAUUAAGAAUCCAAUUGAUCUCUCUGUUAUCCGGAUGAAGCUUGAGAGUGGGAGCUAUUCAGACCCUUGGCAGUUUUGUGAUGAUAUGCAGCUGAUGUUUGACAAUGCUUGGACGUAUAACAAGAAAACGUCAAGAGUUUAUAAAUUUUGUUCAAAACUUCAUGAAGUGUUUUACGAGACUAUUGAUGAAGCUAUGGUCAGUCUUGGGUACUGCUGUGGACAAAAGUAUUUUUUUCAUGCACGAGUGCUGUAUUGUGAUGGCAAAUCAUGUCCCAUUCCAAGAGACUCGGUUUAUUACAACUACAAGGACAUAUAUGCAUAUUGUACUAAGUGUUUCACUGAGACUCCUGGUGAUAGUGUAACCCUCAGUUUGGAUGAUACUAGCAAUAUUUCACUGCCAAAGGGAGUUUUCAAGCAAAUAAAAAACGACACUGUUGAGAUUGAACCGAUGGUAGAGUGUAUACAUUGUAGGAGGUCCUUCCAUAAGAUUUGUGUAUUACAUCACGAUGAGAUUUGGCCUGAAGGCUACCAGUGCUCGAACUGCUUGCAGAGCCUAAAAACUAGCAGAGCUGAUAACAGAUUUGUUGCAAAGAGACUACCUACUACUAAGCUUGGCUUAUUCCUAGAGGAGCGUGUUAACUCUUUUUUAAAAGCAGCUAAUGUGCCAGAAGCUGAAGUUACUAUUCGUGUGCUGUCUUCAUCAAAUAAACUACUUGAUACUGGAUCGGGUAUGAUGGACAGGUUCUCAUAUUUCCCCUCACAGUUUCCAUAUCGUACAAAAGCUCUUUUUGCAUUUGAAGAAAUUGAUGGAGCAGAGGUUUGUUUCUUUGGUAUGCAUGUGCAAGAGUAUGGGUCUGACUGCCCCGCCCCUAACACUAGGCAUGUAUACAUAUCUUAUUUGGAUGCCCUUCCUUUCUUCAAACCUGUGGAAUAUCAAACGUUUGUUAAUCAUGAGAUAGUGUUAGGAUAUCUUGAAUUUUGCAAACGAAAUGGUUUUCAGACUGCUCACUUGUGGGCCAGCCUACCAGCUGAAGACUAUGACUACAUUUUUUACUGCCGUCCUAUGGAUCAGGACACAACUAAACCAAAGAGACUAGUGGAGUGGUAUCGGAACAUGCUGGAGAAAGGGAAGGCUCAGUCUGUCCUUUGUGACUUUCAAGACAUAUUCCAAUAUUGUGUAAAAGAGGAGAUCACUCAUAUUACUGAUAUACCUUAUUUUGAGGGUGACUUCUGGCCUAAUGUUAUUGAAGAGACUAUAAAGGAGUUGGAUCAGGAGGGAAUGGCACCAGGAGCAUUGUCUGUUGAUGUAACGAUAUGGGAAAAGGAGAAGGAGAGAGUUACACAACAGUACGGUACAGGCUCACAGAAAGCUGAUAGUGACAAAGGGAGCAAAAAAGCAUCCAGUGGAACAAAGAAGAGAAAGAAAGGUAGUCUUUCAAACUAUAAUCCUUUGGUCAGUGGUGAUAACUUAACUCAAAAAAUUUACCAAACCAUGGGCAAGCAUAAAGAGGUAUUUUUUGUAGCACAUCUUCAGCCUCCCAAAAAGACUAUUGUUUCUCUUCCUACCACGUCUGACCCUGAUUCCCUUGUUACAUGUAAACUGAUGGAUGGAUAUGGUGCAUUCCUCAACCUUGCACGAGAGAAUCACUGGGAGUUUUCAUCGCUCCGUAGAGCAAAGUUCUCAACAAUGUCAAUGUUGUAUGAGUUGCACAAUCAGGGAGAUAGUAACAAGGAUAAUAUUAUUUAUUGUUGUAAUAAUUGUGGUACUGAUAUAGAGUUUAGGUGGCAUUGUAAAGAAUGUGAGGAUUAUAAUCUCUGCUCCACCUGUUAUUAUAAGAUUGGUCAUGAGCACUCGAUGGAGAGGCUUGGUUUCAGUAUGGAAGACAAAGAACCCAAAUCCUCUUCUGCGUCAACUACCUUCUCUCGUUUGGAAAUACAGCAGCGACGGAAUGAGUUCCUCAUCCAUGCCUGUCAGUGCAAGGACAGCUCGUGCUCUAAGCAGCUCUGUAUUAAGAUGAAGCAGCUACUGAGACAUGCCCGAGACUGUAAGAUGAGGACAUCAGGGAAAUGCUCUGUCUGUAAUUUUUUUAUCAAGUUAUGUGCAGCUCAUGCUCAGGAGUGUCAUGAGGUCAAGUGUCCAGUCCCGUUGUGUGCUAGUUUGAAAAAGCAGACAAGAGAGAGACAAAUGAAGGAGCAGGCUAGAAACAUCCAACUUGCUGAUCAGCGUAUAAAGGUUAUGAGUUCUCACUCGUCCCCUUUCACCACUCCUAGUGAGCCUAACCCAGGCAGCUCAUCUCCUAAUGUUAUUGUACAGCCUCAAGGAUCAGCAAUGCAGUCUCCUCUAGUUAUGGAGAACAACAUUCAGAAGCUGGUUCAGGCCAUUUGCUCACCGUCCCCUCAAGAUAAUUUAAAAGCUAAGGAGUAUCUAAGAACCCACACUGAGCUUGUACCGCAAGUGAUUCAAGGACUCCAGUACCUUUCACGCGACAAGGAGGUCUCUUACUUACAGCAAGAGUUUGGGAACUAUGUGUCAAGGCCACCACACCCACAACAGUCUUUUGGGGGUGGGGCUUACAUGUCGCCUCAGGUCCGUCCGCAAGUACCCAUGCAGCCUAUGCAACCAAUGCAAAGGCCCAUGACGCCUUCUAGUAAUACAAUGAUGCCUAAUCACUAUCACUAUCCUGGGGGUAACCCACACAUGACUCACAACCGUAUGCCUUACCAGGGACAGCCAAUGGCCGGCCUGGGUCACUCUCACCUUCAGUACAUGCGUCAUCAGUAUUCAUCUUAUGACAUGCAAGUUCCUCCUCCUCAGUAUGAAGGAGGACAACCAAUGGCUGAUCCUUAUCCUCAACAUAUAUUCCAGCAUCUUCCAUCUCACAGUAUGCAACCCCCUACUGAUAUGGGUGAUAAUCAGUUGAAUGAUAGUCCUGGGAGACAGAUAUUAUCAGAUUUUGAUAUUGCUGAUCUGAGCUCUUUUCCACUACAUACUGGUUUGAGUGAUAUUCCUAGGAAGAAAGUAUCAAAAAGAAUAGUAACUAAAUGGCUAAAAGAAGGUAGUGUUGAGCUAACUGUUACUCGUAUUAAUAUACAAGGACCACCUGGAUCUGGUAAAACCUGUGCACUGCACCUUCUACUAAAUGAAGAUCCACCUACUGACCAUGUCACUGACAGUACACCAAUUGCUUGUCCAACUUUUAGAGCUACAAGAGUAUCCAUUGACAAUUUGAAAUGGGAGAAAGUUACUGGGGCUCAUUUACUUGAAAAAUUGGCUUCUGAUUUAAAUGUAGCAGCUGCUUCUCAGCCUAAAGAACAUAUUGAAACUACUUCUCUAUCAUAUGAACAACAAUCAGAAGAAGAUGCGGGAAUAAAUGAAACUGUUGUUUUAAAUAGUGAAGCAAGCUCAAUAUCAAGUAAUGAUGAAACUGAAACUCUGAUUCAGAAAAUUUUAGACACAAUCCAACGAUCAGCGGUUCAGUUAAGUGACCAUUGGUUGUAUAUUAUUGAUUCUGGAAGUCAGCCAGCAUACCAGGAGCUGUUACCAUUGUUCAUUAAGACAGCUUUUUUCAAUAUCAUCACUCUUGAUCUCUCCCAACCUCUUGAUAAAAAUCGGGAAUUCUUUCAGUCUGCAGUUUUUUCUGGAACAAUUUUCAAAUUAAUUAAUGUCCCUUAUGUUAGUGGCUCUUCAUUUACAAAGCAUUUUGUAUUAGGCACACAUUAUGAUGUCACAAGUCAAGAUACGCUCAAAAAGAUUGAUGAAGAGUUGAGAUCUUCAAUGAAUCAUAACAUGCAAGGUUAUGUCUCCAAUAAAGGUGGAGAGUCUAUCAUAUUUCCUGUUAAUACACUAACCUCUGUUGAUGAAGGAAGAAUGGAAGCAAGGCAAAAACUAUGUGAAUCAAUAACAGAUUAUGAGAUUUUUUCUCAAUCAGUUAAAAUUAAGAUGCCGAUUCGGUGGUUUACAUUUGCACUUUGGUUGCAAAAAGUAGGAGAGAACAAAAGCCGUGAUUUUCUCAUAAUAGAUGAAGUUGUAUCUGCUGGUAAAAGGUUUAAAAUGAGUGAGAAAGAUACUAAGGAUGCCUUACAGUAUCUCCACAGUGUCACUAUUGUCCUAUAUUUUCCUGAUAUCUUGCCACGAUUAGUUUUCAUUGAUCCUCAGCCUAUUCUCAAGAUUCUAUCACAUCUGUUGGCUCUAACUUAUGUUCAAAGAACUGCACUACACCUAAUUGCCAAUCCAGUACCUUUAGAUGAAGAUAUUAACAAGCUUUGUAAUACUGGUUUCUUUCAGGAGAAGCUCUUGUAUCACUUGAAAUCAGAUGUUAAGGUUUUUUUCCCACCUCAUUUUGAGCCAUCCCAUUUAAUUAGGCUUCUCAUUCACCUUUGUGUCAUUACCAAAGGAAAAGAAGGAGAUUAUUUUUUUCCUUAUGCUUUGCAGUCAUACACUAAUUUAUCUGUACCUCAAACAGAGACCAAGCCCCUCCUUAUAGUCUGGAAACUUGAAAAGCCCACACCUCAUCUUCCAGUUCCAGGAGGAAUAUUUCCUCAACUCAUCACUCACCUCCUCAAUCAAAAUGAACUCUCCUUUAAAGUUGAGUUCCCUCCAUUACAGCCACAGUACUACAGGUAUCGUGAUGCACUAUCUCUAUGGAUCAGUAUUAAAGGAAAACGUUAUACACUUCACAUUAUCAAUCGCUACACACAUAUUGAGGUUUAUUACAAUGGAUCAACUAAGGAAGCAAAAGAGAAUUGCCCAUAUAUUCGUGAAGUAGUCAUGGCAGCUGUUGAUACAAGUGCUGAUGCCAUCAAUAUUAUUCCCAGUCACUCUAAUGCGUUCUUUUGUCCUAAAAAAAAGAACUGUUACUGUGUCGUAGAGGAAAACUAUUUUGUAAAUUGUACACUGUGUACUAGGUCAGCUGAUAUAAGUGAAGAUGAUGAUAGCUAUUGGUGCUGGUUUGGUUUAACAGAUUUUCAACCUAAAGCAGUGACCUCAGAUUCAAAAUAUUUGCAAGCACUUGAUAUACAAGUUUUAGAUGAAAUCCUAACAGAUAUGAAGGAGGGUCGUUUAUCAGUUCAGUUUGAUUAUCUUAUUCCUCAGACAGAUUCACUAGACUCUAGUGUCCUUAUAGCUGGACAGAAGCUCUUCAUCCUACAAGGAGACAGGUCUCAGUCACUCCAGUGGGAGAAGUAUGGAUUCAGAUUAGAGUGUCCUCAAGGAGCAGUGUCCAAGGAUACUGAAGUAGCUGUUACUGCAAUAGCUGGUGGUAAUUUCAAGGUACCCAAAGGCACUAUGUUAGUCAGUGCAGUAUAUGCAAUAUCAGUAUCUAAGCCGCUAUUAAAACCACUGGUAAUAGAGCUACAACAUUGUGUGGAUUUGAAGUAUGAAAGUCAAACUCGUUGUCUCAAGUUUGUGAGUGGCCCACUGAAACAUCCUUACCAGUUGAGUCUUGUUGAAGGAGGUGGAUCCUUUAGUAUAGGAAAUAGAUUUGGAUCAAUUAAACGUGACACUUUUAGUUUUAAUGGCAUUGUAGCUGAGAUGAGUGAUGGGGACACACAUAGUGAUGGUGGGACUCCAUCUGAAGGAUCAGAUGAUGAAGAUGCAGAUACUGACAGUAGUAAAGAGGUAAUGGAAAUGGAUGAAGGACCUCCGGUUGAUAUUGGCACCAUUAAGAAUGGAGCUACCAAAUCAGAAAAUAUUGCAACAUUUCGAAAGAGAAAAGGGAGUGAAAGCAUUACGGAUGAUCUUCCGCUAAAAAAGACUUCUUUAGGUCAAAAUGAUGUACAAGAUGUCAGCUCUACUAAUGAGCAAGAUCAAGAAGGGUCUUUAAGCAGGCCUAUAAGUAUAUCCAGUGCUACUCUUUCUAGUGAUUCAAAUAGUCAUAUUUCACAAAUUGGUGGAGAUGUUAAUAGUGAAAAGAAUGUUACUCAUAGUGCUAUGCUAUACACUGGAAUGAUGUAUUAUGAAGAGAAAAAUGCUAAUCAUUGGAUAGCAAUUUACUCUGUUGUUCAAGAUCUAGAUGUCCUUAUUCAGUAUUGCAAUAAAAAUCAUCCUCUUGCUGAAAAAGAUUUUGUUGUGGAUACAUUUAAUUUUAUUGAACCAAAUGGCUCUAUUCAAUUGAUUUUAUCAAAUAAUGAACAGGAAGGAUGGACAGUACAUGCUAGCAGAGAACAAAUGAAAUUGCUAAAGUCAACAAUAGAUAAUUUUUCCUCAAACCCUUUAUAUUCAAGUUUCAGCAUGAAUGUACAUGCAAAAGUUGGUGUUGCACAGGAUCCACUACAUUAUCCUAUUGAUAUUAUUGGAAUAGAUCCUGAAAAGACUGUUUUUAUCAAUAGACAUCCUCCUCCUUCUACAUAUAUAAUUAGUCCUACCACUACUACUCCUAGUAUCCAAACUGAAGAAGGUGUUACAUACAUUUCUGAGAUAGCUUCUAAAGUCAUAACAGACAAUGCUUUGCUGAUAAAAGGUUGCGGGAUUAAUCUUCUUUUCUUAGUUGAUAAGUUGCUGGAGAAUGAAAUCAUAAAUGCAAGAGAGAAAAGAGAAAUAACUGAUAACUACUCCAGGCAAACUGCUGAUGAAAGAAUGGAUGAAUUGCUUCACAUCAUUUCAAGUUCUAUUAACAUGGAUGGAAAUAUAUUUGGUAUAUUUUUGAAUAUACUGAGAAAGGAAGGUACAAGGAGAACCAAUGCACUAGCUGAUAAACUAAUUGGAAAAUAUAAAAAUUUGCAUAAAACUGAAUGAAACUUUUUUAUUGUGAAGGAUUAUAAUUUUGAAUUUUUAACAUAUAAUUUGCAUGUAUUUUUUUA